AUGGAGCGACGCCAAGAGCUUUGUCAAUCACUCAAAGGACAACGUGCUGUUCUACCAAAUCUUUACUCCUUAUUCCCGGACUGGACUCCUCAGUUGCACCCUGAAUAUGCGAGAUCUCGAGAUGAAUCUACUAAUCCGUGGAUUAAACGCGUUGUUGAGAACCCAGAUAUUCGUCGGAAGCUCCAGGAAGCAGAUUGCACAACAUUUGCGGCGAUUAUGUGCGCAAAGUCAUCCUUCGAAAGACUCUGUACGGUGGCGAAGUGGUUUACUUGGUACUUUAUAUGGGAUGAUUUAUUUGACUGUGGUACUCUUACCCACGACCCAGAGACUAUCACGAGGUACAAGCAUACUAGUAUCGAGUAUUUCAAGCAUGUCCUCUGCCAUGAGGCAGAGUAUCCAGACCUAUCUGAAUACUCUGAAGAACUCCAACAUGCGCUUAACUGCUGGGACGAGAUAGCAGAACAUGUCCGCCAAGUCUGCUCAAAAAGAACGUCUUGA